UGUUACUUAUCACGCUGCGUCGAAGCCUUUACGUUCACUCCACCCAGACAUCACCCCGAGAGUCACACAACACCGACACACCGGUUUAAACAGAGAGUCACCCUGUAAAACUACGCGUCGACCAUUGCUAACUGCCUUGAUGUCAGCUCGUUCGCAGGUUGCCAUUGUCUAGUAAACAACCCUCCUUACUGCUAGCCGAUGUCGCUAGCUCCCGUUAGCAUCAGCUGCGGGUCCUACGUUUGACUGAACCUACCUCCCGCCUGCCGCCGCCGCCGCUGCGCGUGAGUUCGGCCUGUUUGAAGCGUCGCCGUGGAUGUGUUCUGCGGACGUAGCGUUCAAGGUGCUUAAAAGCGUCGCCGUUAUCCUGACUAACUAACGGACUCUUGGAUCUCGUACAGCGGGUGGUUUGCACCACUGUUCACGUGUUUCUCUCGGGUUGUGUGUUUACAACCAAUGUGGGUUUGCAUGACAAUGCUCUUAACGUCACACAUAUGAUGGAAACCUCACACUGUAGGUAAGUAGUGUUUAAGGGGCUUAGCAAGGCGUAGCCUCGUUUCUGUUUGCAUCUGACACUGGGGCUUGUCCCUGUGGGUGUGCAGUGAUCUCAGCGGGCUGUUAGGGAGCCUCCGUCGCCCUAAAACAAUUUCCAUCGAUAUUUAUGGACUCCCAAUCUUGUGACGCACCCAGUUAUUCUGCUAAUCCCACCGUUCUCUGCUCCCCCAACAGGAAAAGAGGAGAGGUUGACGCUAGCGCAGAUUGAAGAGCUCUGUUCCUAAAGAAAGGUGUCUGCUGGUUUGGACACACAGCGUGUGCUUGUUUCUGUAGCUUGUUUGUUUGCAUGCGUCGCUGAAGCCCUCGCCUGAUGGAGAAGCGAGAACGGAAGCCGGGGUACUUUGCAAGGUUGAAGAAGCGGCGGCAGCUCAAGCAGAGCAUAUCAGAGAAGAACGCCCAUGAGCAGAACCCUGCGCACCCGCUGCCCAAGUCGCCGUUGAUUUCCUGUCCAGACGCACAGAACGGCGCCGAGCCGACGGACGGGGCCGAGAAAGCCGGCGAACCGCAGUCGAGGAAGGCGGCGAAGCCUCCCUCGGACUCAGCAGACAGUUUAAAAGCCGUCACCAAGACAAAGCGGGAGAAGAGACGACCCCCUGGGACUGUGGAGUUUACCGUGGGGCUGGACGACACCCUCAACAGCAUCGCCCUGCGCUUCAACAUCACCCCCAACAAGCUGGUGCAGCUCAACAAGCUGUUCGCCCGCAGCGUCUACACCGGGCAGAAGCUAUUCGUCCCGGAUUUGAGCCAAUCGGAGACGGCGCCCCAGCCCGCUGAGAAUGGCACGCAAGAGGGCGUCUCCGACAGCAGGCCAGCGAAGCCCAUCCAGCGCCACGCGUCCCCCCCCUCGGAGGACGAGAGCCCCACCACGGUGAAGUUCAUCAAGAUGAGCUGCAAAUACUUCACCGACGGCAUGGGCGUGGUGGGCGGGGUGCUGAUCGUCACGCCCAACAACAUCAUGUUCGACCCCCACAAGUCGGACCCGCUGGUGAUCGAGCACGGCUGCGAGGAGUAUGGCCUCAUCUGCCCCAUGGAGGAGGUGGUGUCGGUGGCGCUGUACGAUGACGUGUCGCGCAUGAAGCUCAAGGACGCCCCACCCUCCGAGCUACCCCAGGAUCUGUGUCCUGUCUACAGGCCCGGCGAGUGGGAGCAGCUGCCCUCGGUGCAGGACCUCAACCCCUUCAGCCGCUACCAGGCGCUGGAGACCAAGGGGCCCAUAUUCCUGGACGACAUCAGCUCCAACUACUCAGAAUGUGACCCAAAGGUGUCCCCGCUCCAGUGUAACCCCUACGGUGCCCUCCGUUUGUCCCGAACCACAGCGAGGGAGGACUGUGGUCUGGUGGACAAGACCCCUUCGGACGAGGGCUUCACAGAGCUGGAGCCCACCCUGAACGGGAGUAGAGACGACCGGGACCCAAUGGCCCCCGCACCCCCAAACGGGGGUCAGCAGGCGCCCGCGGGACCCCCGACCCUCGACCCGGAGGAAGAGCCCACGGCGUGCUCCGCGUGUCGAACGGAGGAAGAGGAGGACGAGGGCGUGGCCCCGAACAGCUCGGUGGAAGACGCCGAAUCCCUGAAGUCGUCCGCCGAGACGGAGAAACGGAGGGUUGCGAGCAGGGAGGCGAUCGACGCCAAAGACGGGAACGCUGCCACGUCUCCCGGGAGCCAGGGGUUUGUGAGCUGUGACACGAAGGGACGGCAGGACCCGGUGCUGAGUCGGUCGGACUCGGGUUCGGGCGUGGAGGCUGAUGGGAAGGACGGCCGCGAGGGUCUGGCCUCGCAGGAGAAACCCCAAGGAGAGGCCAGUGGACUGAGCGCGGAGGAGAGGCGCAAGAAGACCUACAAGGCGGAGAUGAAGUCCUGGCUGCUGGAGAGGAUGCAGGCUCCGAUACAGGACAUGCUCCAGUCCUCGGAGGAGAAGAGCAAGAAGCCGCCCAUGUUCCUGUGCUUCAAGUUGGGCAAGCCCAUGAGGAAGUCGUUCGCCGUGGCCAUGAACUCCAGCCCCGCCCACUCGUACGGCGGCCGGGGAAAGCAGCCAGAGUACUGGUUUGCUGUGCCUCAGGAGAGGGUGGACCACCUGUACGGCUUCUUCGUCCAGUGGUCCCCCGACGUGUACGGGAAGGAGGCCCGCGAGCAGGGCUUCGUGGUGGUGGACGAGAUGGACAUGGUCGACAACUUCUUCAGCGACCCCGCCUCCUGCAGCUGGGAGAUCAUCACCGUCGACGAGGCCAAGCGCAGGCAGAGCUUCAGCAGCUUCGAGGCGGACCUGUCGCUGGACGCGCUGCCGCUGCUGGGAGAGAGCAGCGCCCUGCUGCAGGACACGCACGUGGAGAAGCUGGCCAGUCGCCUCCCGGCCCGGGUGCAGGGUUACCUCUGGAGGCUGGCCUACAGCUCCCAGAACCACGGCACCAGCCUGAAGACGCUCUACAGAAACCUGCUGGAGCUGGACAGCCCGGUCCUGCUUGUACUGAAGGACAUGGACAACCAGAUCUUUGGGGCCUUCUCCAGUCAUCCCUUCAGAGUGAGCGAACACUACUAUGGCACUGGAGAGACGUUCCUCUAUAGCUUCUGCCCUGAGAUCAAGGUGUACCGCUGGACGGGGGACAACUCUUACUUUGUGAAAGGCAAUAUUGACUCUCUGCAGUUUGGUGGUGGAGGGGGUCAGCUGGGGCUGUGGCUGGAUGCCGAGCUGUAUCGGGGCACCACCAGCGGCUGCGCCACCUUCGACAACCAGGCCCUCUCCGCCCAGCGGGACUUCAACAUACACAGCGUGGAGGUCUGGACCUUCGAGUAACACCAGCCAGCUCACGUGUUCGCGUUUCAAAUCUUAGAACCGCAACCCCAUCAGCUAUAUCUACUACUUGCCUAGUCUAUUUACACCACUAGGUGGCAGCACCCAGCUUCCCAGAUUACCACUACACUUGUUUUGACACAAGAACCAGGGCAAGCAGGGUAUGAAGCAGACUUUGAGUGGGUUCUCUGCUCCUUGGUUGAUGAUGAAUAUAUAUAUAUAUUCGAGCUGGAAUGAUGUCAUUCGAGAAGGGUAUUGUGUUGUCUUAUCUCAUUGGCUGUGUCGGACCAAUCACAACGCCUCUAGUUAUCCUAGCAUGCAGACUGCCUUGGCACCAUAUGCUCCUGAGAGAAAAGGGAAUGCUUACGGAUGCUCUUCAGCUUAUGGCUUUCAGGGCCGGAGUUGCCAUAAUGCAAGAGCAAAUGCACCUGUAUUUAACGAAGAGUAAAAACAGCAAUGGUGCAAAAAACCUAUCCAUGUUAUACAGUUAUGUGCUAAUAACAAAGGGAAUGUUUGGUGAGGUAUAUUCUAAUCGUCCCAAAGGCAAACCAAACAAGACACUCCCUUAAAAAAAAAAAAAAAGGCAGGAAACUGAGUGGUUGUUUACAAUGAGAACUGACUACCUGUGACGGUUGUGGUUCUCGUAUAUUUCUCGUACGUGGUUGACUCAAAUUAGAAUGCAAGUGCAUCUCCACCAUAACUGUAUAUAGUUUGCAUUCCACAACCCCAAACGACUGGCUAGCCAGAAGGGUGGCCUUUGGAAAGAAAGUUUUUUGCUACGACCAAUGAUGUAUAUAUUUAGUUUUAUCGCUAUUCUCUUUUCAGUUUUUUUGCGCGUUUGUCCUUUUUUAUACCCAUUUUUUUUUAAUUUGAUUUUAAAUCUACUUUUACAAAGAUUGUUGAUGAUUUUUAAUUGGUUUUAUUCUUUUAUUUUAUACACAGGGAAAGUGAUUUUACGCUGCCUUUCGGUUUCGUUGGUUUUACCAGCACAAGGCUUUCUGCGAGCACUGUCCAGAGGCUAAAGUAACUGGGGUCAGUAUUUAUAACAUGUGGAUAUCAUCGCUGGAGGGCCUGGCACCAGUAUUCAUUUACAGGAUGCCACUUUGCACUACAGUACGCCCCUGACAAACCCUCCUAUUCCGUUGCUGUACGACCGGCACCCCCAUCCUACACAUUGAGUUUGUUCCGCAAGUGACACUUGUCUUCGCUUUAAAUAAGGGAAGCAGUUUGUCCGAGAAGCUAGAUCUAUCUUGACGGUUUUCUGUGCACUUAGAUUGAAUUUGACUAACCAAGACCCCGAUACUAACACAAGAUUAACGUAUGGUUGUAGCCUGUGAUUUCCACCCUGACCGUAACAUGGGUUUUGUAGUGUGUAUGCAAACGUGGAAUUGUGGGCCACUGUUCCUGUUAUACGCACCACACUAAUCACAUGGGCACUGGCUUUGUGUGAAUAUCAAGCGCUGGUCUGUUAAUCUAUUGCGGUGUUUGUAACUGUGAAUAUGCCAUAAGUAUUAAUUCCUGUGAAUUCAAAACUGCCCUAUUCUGUAAUAACAUUGAGGAUCUAUCUAUUUAUUGUGUCAUUUAUUGCUACCAAAACUUAAAUAAAUGUUUAAUGUAUUCAUCCUUAAAAUGACGUGUGUGUGUUAUAUUU